AGGAAAUGAAGCUGAACUGGAGCCAACAAUGUCUCUCGAAUGACAUAUGAAGACCAGGAUAACAAUGAACGGAUACCUUAUGCUCACAGAGUGGCACUCAUUUCAGACAAACAAUUUGAGCGAGCAAGAAGCAGCUGCAACGGAGAGUAUAAGAAUCCAGAUCCAAAUAACAUUGAAUGUUUAUUUGCUAUGUAUAGUAUCAAUCAGUGCACCAAGCUUAUCUGUGGUGAUCAUAUUCUAGAGCCAAAGUGCAAAGAAAUCACAACACCAUAUCAAAGUGGUUCUAGAAGGUUCCUACCGUCUAUAGUAGAUGAUCCAAUCGACUUCCUCUCCGUCUCCAGCCAAAAUGAACCACCAUGCCGUGAACACACAUAUCUGGCCUCCAACGUGUGGGCUAACGACGAAACUGUCAGAGAAGCUCUGCACAUCAGAGAGGGAACGGUAGGUGAAUGGAAUAGAUGUAACCGGAGCUUCAUCUACGAAUUUGACAUAGAAAGCAUUGUCGAGUAUCAUCAAAAUCUGAGUGAUAGAGACUUCCAAGCCUUGGUGUAUAGCGGUGAUCAUGACACGCUACCUUACAUGGCCACGUUGAAAUGGAUACGCCAACUGAAUUUGUCCGUGAAUGAUGAGUGGAGGGCGUACGUUGAUGGUCAAGUUGCAGGAUACACAGAGCUAUACAAGAGUAAGAUCAAAGAGGCUUACCUCAUGUUUGCUACAGUUAAGGGGGCGUGGCAUACAAGACCAUCAUACAAGCCUAAGGAGUGUUUUGAAAUAUUUAGAAGAUGGUUAUCUCUCUCCCCACUCUAGAAUCUCUCUCAUCUUCAUUUCAAUAAUAAAUUUCCCAACGUAGAAAAUGUUUGGAAAUGAACGGAGGAUGGUUAUC